AUGGACAUCCUGAAAACUAAGUACAACAAGAAUCCACUAGUCGGUGAUGUUUACUGCCUCAACAGUCUGAAAAUCAUUCUUGACGAUGUGAUCAAGGAAUUCAUGGACACUGUCAAAAACUCAAAGCAAUCAACAGUGUCUUCAGACAUCAAGAUCUCUACAGGGCUGGUUUCUGCUGCGAUCACUGGCGCAACUGUUUAUAUCUCAUUGACAUCCGAGUUCAAGCAGCACAAGAGCAUAAUGACUGUGCUUGUUGUGGCAUAUUUUGUCAUAAACAUAUUGGUGGAAAUUUACGAAAGAUGGAAUGGAAAGUCUAUGGUAUUUGGUAGUAAGACAGUAUCCACAACAAUCAAUGCAUCUGAUGCAAUAUACACAGUUGUUGUACAUGACAGCACUCAGCCUACCCCAAACAAAUACACAAGAUCAGUUUUCGAAUUGUUUGAUUCAGAUGGAAAGCUGAUCCACGAACGAUUCAUCGAAGAUAUCCAGGAUCUUUUUGAAAAGUAA